AUGGCAACCGCUGUCCUCAUUGGGUCAGUUCAAACUGCUCAUACUGUUGAUGUUCUCUUGACCAAUUCCACUUUAAAAAUGCUUCAACAGGCCCAGAUUGAUCAAGAAAUCCUGACUCAGCUUUGUGCACUGAGCAGCACUGAAGGCUCUUGGGAAACCAGGGCAGAUAACAUAGGGAUCCCAGAAGAAUCACCUUCUUCUCCAGAACACGCACAUCCAGUCCAUCCGCCUGCAGGGGCUUACCUCUUCUAUUUGGACCAGACUCCACUGGAGCGAAAACUCUACUGCACUGACACAGUUGUCCCAGCUACUGUGGCCAUGGCAACCGCUGUCCUCAUUGGGUCAGUUCAAACUGCUCAUACUGUUGAUGUUCUCUUGACCAAUUCCACUUUCAAAAUGCUUCAACAGGCCCAGAUUGAUCAAGAAAUCCUGACUCAGCUUUGUGCACUGAGCAGCACUGAAGGCUCUUGGGAAACAAGGGAAGAUAACAAAGGGAGCCCAGAAGAAUCACCUUCUUCUCCAGAACACGCACAUCCAGUCCAUCCGCCUCCAGGGGCUUACCUCUUCUGUUUGGACCAGACUCCACUGGAGCGAAAACUCUACUGCCCUGACACAGAGGUAAAAGAGUCUGUAAUGUACUCAGGAGUGAACAAAUCUACUUCAAACUCCAGACAGACAAAGAGAACAAAGAAUAAAUCAUCCAACAAAACAGAAUCUUCAGUUCCAUUUACCUGGUGUCUCACGGCAGUGAUCUUCGGAAUCUUCUGUUUCAUUCUCCUUGUAACAGAUAGAAUAUUGGGACACAUGGUGAUGUCCAGUAAAGCUUUCCAGGGUCAUCUCAAAUACCAGCCACAGAAACUGCCACUGGACAACAUUACACAGGAAGACAAUUUCAUGUUGAAAAACACAACUUUCACAGAGGGACCACUCCACACAGGAAGCAAGAGCAGCACAUGUGAGAGGAAACACUCAUGCAGUGGAGAGAAGUGUUAUUAUUUUUGGUGUGAUUUGAAGACCUAUGAAGAGAGUCAAAAAUUCUGCAAGAAAUUUUACACAGCACUUCUUAAGAUACAAGAUGAAAAAGAAUUGAAGUUCAUUCAAAGUCAACUGUCCUCUAAGACCUCUUACUCUUGGAUUGGAUUGUCUCAUAAAGGAGCCAACCAUUUCUGGACAUGGGAAGAUAACUCAGCACCCUCAUUACCCUCACUGUUCUUUAUCACAAAGCAACAGACAAAGACUGGAAGCUGUGUGAGGAUAGCAGCAAGGAAGAUGGAAGUUUCUGACUGUUCCAGACGCUCAAACUAUGUUUGUGAAAAGAAGAUUGCUGGUCAUGCUACUUAAUAAUGAGAACAAAAAAGCAACCACAGAAGACAAGUACAAUAAAUUUUUCUUCUAAAA